GGAUACAUAGAUAUCUUUGAUGUAUACAAGCAUAUGUAGCAAGGGUAUACGCACUACAUGUGCUGUGUUAAUUGAAAACUAAACUACGAGAAUUCGAGAGGAAGCAGAGAAAAUCGGCUAUGGUCUUGACAGAUCAAUUUAUCGCACCCCUACCCUUGGGAAUGCAAACGUCAUUCAAUAAUCUACAUUCGUUGACCGCGGGAUAUCCACAACACCCCCAUUUAAUCCUCGAUACCGCAUUUAGUAGACACGGCACUUGCAAAUUAUAAUACGCCUCAAUAUCGAGACAGUCAGUCUAUAUACAUGGGCUAAUGUUCCAGCUAUAAAAAGUUUCAAUUGCUCCCGAUUUUUCAUCACUUCACCCAGCUGUUAAUUAAAUCGUCUCUUCUUAUACAUACUCCAUCUCAAGCUCCUGUCCAUCGUCUUCAAUAAUCAUAAUGAAGAUCACUCAAGUCAACCUCCUCUUAUCUGGUUUGGCAUCCAUUGCCUUGGCCCAAGACACAAACUGUAGCACCGCAAGUCUCAACACCACUGCUUCCACUUGGACUGUUACAGAGAGCGACACUAUCUUCAGCAUUGCUGCCGCUACCAAUCGUGGAGUCUGUGAUAUUGCUCGCGCUAGCAGAAUGCCAGAUGCUGAAUACAUCGAUACCGGCUUCGUGUUGAUCAUUCCCGCCGAAGUUUGUAAUCCAGAUAAUGAAUCCUGUCUUCUUACUGCCUCAGAAGACACAACUUCAUGUCUUUAUGGGGGCCCCCAUACGUACACUACUGUGCGUAAUGAUACCGUCACCAAAAUCGCCAUGAAAUUCAACAUCGAUGUUUCUGCCAUCUCAGCCGAUGUUAUUUCCAUGCUCGGUGUUUCAUCUGUCGAUGAAAUCAUUACCGCUGGGACUGGAAUGAAAUUACCUCAAUGUAGCCCUUCCGAGUGUUCUGUUCAACCACUUCAGUUCACUUAUGGUGUCUAUAAAGAUCUGGCUGAAAAAUACAAUUCAACUGUUGGUCAACUGUUUGGAUUCAACACUGGUUAUCGCUACAGUUCGUCGAUUGAAUCUUUAUCGCCCGUUCUUACUAUUCCAAUGAACUGCAAGCCACUUUCGGAUAAUAUCACUAUUAUCUCUUAAGUUAUUCAUGAGCAAAUGAAUAAAUGAGUUGGUCUUGAAUCACUCAUCAAACGGCGUGGAGUGAAAAAUGUGUUAGCAUGUUUGAUAAUACUUUAUUUUCUUGGAGAGCAAAAUUGGAUUGUGGCGUUUACACGAGGAUUUGAUGCGUAAAAUACCAUCCUGUUCUGCGUAGGAGAUGGUAUUGAUGUUGUUAAAAUUAGUAAGAAUGAAAACACAUAACA